CUUUUUUUUGUGUGUGUUAUCAACCAAGGAAAGUAAUUAAAGUUCCCCGCUGACGUUCACUUUUCGUCCGACAGUCACGAAAGAAAUGCGUGCAGAAUUUCGUUUCACUUUAUUGUUACUGGCGCUGAUCAGACAGGCAUCUACUACCCUACAGGAGAGCGGAGUAGUACAGGAGCAAGUGGACAAGAGAAAGUUGUCGACACAACACCAACCAUCAGUCGAUUACGAUCCAAACAGCCGGACGGCGCUCCUGAACAUAAAUCUUGACCGGGCGGUUUUGGGCUAUGGUUUGACAUUAGGCCGGCAGUCUCGUCGAUCUGUCAACAAUUUCAACGUUGAAGUAUUGCGAUGGCAGACCAACAGCACCGAAUGUCGACCCAUCGAAACGUGUAGAAGUCGUCGGACAGUAGAGGUCGCCACAUUUAUCCAGUCACACCGAAUUUGUUGGGCCGACGUGACAACUGGAAUCCAAUGCGAUGAAACCAUUCCAGCUGGCAAAUUUCUUGAUGAUGACACACAGAGGCGAGCGUCAGUGUUGCUGGACCAUAUCUAUACCGGAUGCUACUGCUUUCGUUUGGCUUUUUACCACGAUGACUCGAUUCGCACAGCUUGUCAACUACUGGAGCGACCACUUUAUUUGCAUACCGACGUCGUCGAAUAUGACGUCUUCAAGUGGAACUUGAGCCUUGAUUUAUCGGCGACCAGCCAGCACGACCUGAGUCUGUUUAUCAAACUACACGACGCGUCUGAAUUUCGCUUGUAUCACGUCCAACUGUUUCGACACGAUGACAUUGACGAUGAUCUGAUAGAAUGUCAUGAAACGGACGACCCCAUCAAUAACCAAUACUUGACCAUCUCUUUGCCAGACCAAAUCAUCCAUCAUGUCGCACAGGAAUGGCCAGUUGUUACAUUCAACAAUUUAUCUCACGGCUAUUAUUGCGUCGUUGUCAUCCCCGAAGACGAUCGAUGUCAUCCACCAUUGAUUGAUCCAGAACAGACUUGCGCCCGUUACAGCAACAUUGUCCAACUAAGAGAAAAGAAGACCAUGGUCCUGACUUCUUACUCCGAAAUGGAUGUUUGGCCUUACUGGAUUGUUGCCGUCAUCCUGUUUUCCAUUUGCGUCAUAAUUGGCGUCUUGCUCAAGCGCAAAAUGAAUCUGAUCUUGUUUGUCGACGAUUUCCACAGCAGCGUUGACAGUCUUUUGAAAGAAAAUGUUACACUCUCACCAGAAAUUCCGAUUCUGUUCUUGUACAGCAGCAGAUCGAUUGACCGAUUAGCCCAUCACGUUUCCUGUUUAAAAGAAGCAAUUAGGAAUUACGUGCCCAAUGGACGGGUUUUGGAUGAUGCAGACGAUGAAGAUUUGGCAGCCAUUGAGGGAGUUGAGUGGUUCUCUAAUCACCUCCAAGUGGCAGAACCCAACAAUAUCCGCAUCGUGAUCUUCUUGUGCUCCGAGAUGAUGCGUUGUCAAGAAUGGUUUCUAAGAAGUAAAAGCGGAGCAGAUUAUGGUGACGUCGAUCAAGUUUGUUGUAACCGGCUCAAUCAGCUGUUCCAUCAUAUUGAUGAAAAUAACGUCUAUCGGCAAGUUUUCGCUCUACGUUUUGAAGACGACCUCAUUGUAGGAAACCCGAGUAGUUCUUCUGUUUGUAUGCUGACGCCCUAUCGAUCGUAUCGUUGGCCUCGUGAUGAGUUAGCAUUACUGAUGGAACUUGGACGUUGAGAAUAUUCAAAUCGUUAAAGAAAUGUGUCAAUCUUCUUUCUUAAAAGUGAUCUCUCUUUAUCGUUCUUAUAAUUCUUUCAACGUUCCCUCGCAUUUUCUUUUUCAGAAGAAACUAAAAUAAAAUUGAUUCUUUUCUUCCA